UCGAACCCGGACCGCUCGAUCCGGAUCGGAGAGGAAGGCACUAACCAUGAAGCCACGGUGGAAACGCUCCAUGUAGCAGAUCAAGAGAAAAGAAGCUAAAAGAGGUGCGUAAUUGUGCAUUACAUUUAUCAUGAGUGGGCUGUGUGGAACUCAUCAUUCGCCACUCUAGAAACGAGGAGAAACUCGCUGGGCGAGUCUCAAGGUGAUGUGAGAAGGGUGCCCACCAGCUUAUUCCCGCUCCAAUUUUUCUGGAAAGAACAUCUAUUUUGCAGUCUAAUAAUAAGCUAGACGACAACGGUAAUCAAAAGGCCUUCUGAGCCACUACAGCCACCUUGUUGCGCACAGCUGCAAGCAAAACAAGCCUCACCGCGCCGCUCGAGUUAUCAUGCGGAAUCUAGGAAAUAAGUGAAGUUUCAUAGCAAUCCUUUGCAAACUUAUACCAAUAUGGGACUCUAAACUUGCUCAUUUUCGCAAAGAAAAGUAUGCCGAGGUGGGGGCAUGAAAUUGGUUACCCGGCUCGUGCAGUUCUCUAAGGAAUCAAAAUUGACGUUUGGCGGGAGUUUGGAAUCUAAUGUGGGCUGUCUGUGCAGCCAACUUAGGCUGCGCCGUGUGCUUUUGGUCAGCAGUAAUACAAAAUGGCGGUCGCUUCUUCUGCUUGUCAGGUUUGAGUUAUAUCUCCCUGUUUGGUUGCGCUGUAGAGCGGAUGAAUUUUCGUUCUAUUUCGGUCACUGCACCGGGAAAGAUAAUUAUUCAUGGAGAACAUGCAGUCGUUUACGGAAAGGUUCAGAUGUGUCAUGUUGCACAAUGGAAGGAAGAGAGUUGUUCAACAAGUUUGUGGACCAUUGUGAGGUCACAGAAGUAGAUCAGAGGCUUAUCAAGGAUUCCAUUAGUGUGUUUGUUUUCUUGGUGGGUAGCAUUCUGGAGGAAUUUGAAAGACUUCCAUCAUUCUCAGUUGAAGUGAACACAACAAUUCCUAUUGGUGCUGGUCUUGGGUCAUCAGCAUCAUACUGUGUUUGUCUUGGCACAGCACUCCUGGCAGCUACAGGAAGGAUUUCACUACCUUCAGUGAUAGCAGCUACUGGCAGUGUCUUACAUUCUUCUGCUCUAUCUGCUACUGAGGCUGAAACAAAUGUAUCUUUGUCUGCUCAAGACUUGGAGUUAAUUUGCAAAUGGAGUUUAGAAGCUGAAAAGCUUGUUCAUGGAAAGCCAUCUGGAAUUGACAACUCAGUUUGCACAUAUGGAGGAGUUCUUACAUUCCAAGAUGGCAUCAUCAAACAUUUAACAAGAAUUCCUCAAUUGAAUAUUCUUGUAACCCAUACCAAGAUACCUCGUAGUACAAAGGACUUGGUGUCUGGUCUAAGGGAAAGAUAUCAGCAGCUCCCAGCUGUUUAUAAUCCCUUGUUUGAUGCAAUUGGUGCCAUUGCAGAAGAGAGCUGUCUUUAUCUUGAGAAGCUCUACCAAAUGCAAGCUGAGCCAAACCAAACUGAGAAAAAUUAUCAGGAGUAUCAUUGCAUGUUAGAGAAACUUAUUGACCUGAACCAACAGUUACUUGUUACGUUAGGAGUGAGUCACGCCUCACUAGACCAGCUGUGUCACGUGACAGCUCGACACGGCAUGCACUCCAAGCUGACCGGAGCGGGUGGGGGAGGAUGUGCUCUAACACUUGUCACGCCAGGUACGAGUGAAGAAUCUGUGGCCGAGGUCAUCCGUGAACUGUCCAGCUUGGGGUUUGAAGUUUGGAACACGUGCCUCGGUGAUCAUGGUGUUACUCUGGCAUUCACUUGACCCUCCCCUCCCUCCGAAUAGUUUCCUUGAACCUAUUCCUGGUUCUCUUGGAUUUCCUGAUACGGACAGCGUCUGGUAUUUUUGAUUUAAUCGAUCGGACACCCUGGUUGUUACACGAUGUCGUGAACGUGUCGUUGACAGAAGGACUCAUGUCAGCGGUUUUAUGCAACAG